AUGGACAAUACUGCGGAGGAUGUCCAGGCGGAAACUCAGCAGCAUUUCCGGUCAGAUUCCCGGGUCGAAGCUUGGCUGGAUACUCUAGACAACGCUCAGACAGACAGUCCGGACGACACUCGGGGCGACGGUUUGGACGACACUCCGGGCGAUACUCAAGAAAUCACUCAGGACGAGGGUCACAUACGACAGCAUUGCCUACCGAGAGCAGAAAGACAGCUCGGACAACUCCUCAGCAUCGAGGGUUGCAAGCUCUUGUCACCUGCACAGUGGGAAACCAACAACAUACCUACCAGAACCAGCAUAGUAGGAAAACUUCGACCUGGCGCUGUCGGUUCGGCCAUCCACGUCAAGGAGACGAAUCGAGACGUUGUCUUCAAAGUCAUACGAAUUCUGGGAGUCGGCUCAGGCUUAGAUCCAUCCACGUCCCCUGAAGUUAUAUCCCAAGAAGUCCGCAAUCUACGAGCUGUCUCAAGUCUUCCAGGCUUUGUGAAGUAUCGCGGAAUGAGCUUGACGUACGGAAAGCCUCCAUACCCUCUGGAGUCGCGACCUACAUCAUGCAGUGAGGAGUUUCAUGCCGCUGGUGGCUGUAGCACACAUUUCAUGGCUAUCAUUGAACAGGACUUUGGCGGCGAGACCCUCAAGUCACUGUUAGCGAGGUAUAAGAACGAUCUGGAGCAAGAUUUUGGGCCGCAUUGGCUACCAGCAUGCUAUCGGAAUCUGGCCGCCGUCUACCUGGGCACGCUCGCGGUGCUUGCGAAUGCUGAAAAUGCGUUAGGCUACACGCACAAUGAUCCCCACUCCGGCAAUGUUGUCGUGGAAUUCCCAACACCAAGUGCAGUCACGACACCAUCGACAGAAGAGCAUAGCAGCCAGAACGCCGCAACAUACCAACGCGAGACCUUUGCAGACACCCAUGUCCGAGUUCGACUGAUUGAUCAGGAGGCUGCUACGUUCGAGCCGUCCGUUGUGGGCGAAAAGCCUGGAACGGCGACUGAGCUGCGGACUAAUGUGUUGCACUGGAUCGCAUUGCUAAUUAAUUGCUGGAAAGCGUUCGGAAAGACUCGUCCAGAAGAGAUCUGGGAAACAAAAUGGGAAGAAGCACAAGAAUUCUUCGAGAAUCCCGCACAGUCGCGUGCCAAACUUGCUCAGAUGAACACUCAAGAUCGGCGUGACAGCCAGAUAUGGUGCGUCCUGGUGGCGGGUCAUAUUCUCAAGUCCAUCACGGCAACUCCGCACAAUAGGAUCUUCACGUCGAUGGAUGUUCUGCAGCGACUCAUUGAUAUGGGCAUCACCACGAAGAAUGAAGCAUAUGGUCUCAUAGGGGAGGUGAAGGAGUAA